AUGCGACGACCCUUCUUUGUGACUCCCAGCAUUGGCGCCGCCAAAAUAUUCGUAGUCCUUUGGCUAACGCUUGGUUUCACACAGCACGGACAGAGUGCCAGCAGUCCAGAGGCCUCAAACCCGCUCCUUCGCGGCUAUCAUGCUCAUGAAGGAGUUAACGUGAGCAGCCACAAGCACUUUCCCACGAAGCCUCUCACCUCCUACGAUGUAACCCUCCGACAGACCAUAAGCAUGACCCGUGAACUCUGGCGUCUGGUGGACAGUCAGCUGACAAUAUACGCAGCCGAUUUCAACCUCAAAGAGCAGGACAGGGUCCGAGUCCACCGAUACAUUGGACAUGCAACCCUUCUACUGGAGUCCAGACUGCGCGCCAUGGACGAAGUCACGGGCCUGGCCGAAAUCCGGCGCCAAAAGUUGCAAACUCUAGGCGAACGGCUACAGCGGCAACUGGCAGACCUACAGAAUCCACCAGACUGUUCCCGGACUCGUCUCCUGAUUGUCAGGUUCACUGACCCGGACUGUGAUUUCCUCUGUCAGGUGCGACAUGUUACUCUUGCCCUCUCCGUUGGCCUCGUUCUGAAACGAACUGUCGUCUUAGGAGAUAACGCCGGAAUGGGGAAACGCGAGCAGAAUCAGGAAUGGGUGGAUCUCUUCCUGCCCCUCAGCAAAUGCACUAGCUCCGUCGGAGCGGGCGAGAACAUGGUGCUGGAAUCCAACACUCCUCUCGACCCAACCAUAGCACCCCCUGCCCUGCCUUCCGACUGGGUGGACUUGCUGGCCGAUCUUCAUGGCAAUCCCUACGCCUGGUUUCGAGGCCAGAUGCUGGUCUACCUCUGGCGCUAUCGUGACAAGAGUAAGAGGCAGAGACUGGAGACACGCAUAGAGCAACUGCGUCGGACCGCGGAGCAGAAGGCCAGCAACGUGACGAGUUUUCGGCCUCCACUCGCAGGGUUAGACGUUAGACAGCUGCCUCCUCUGACACGCCCAACCAACUACACCCUCCCCUUGGAACGUUUUUUCGAGUACAAGCACAUGGAGUACCAAGUGAAGACGGAUCUGAGAGAGGACCCCUGGGAGAAACCUGGUGCACGUCGCGUCUUCCUAACCACAGAUGAUACCAACCUUCCGUCCCGUCUCCGUGCUAAAUAUCCCGAGUACGAGGUCAUCACCGUCGGUUCAGCAGCACACACCUUGGAGGAUCGGGUGGAUGAGGUUUUUCUUCUCGCCAGUACCGAGUUUCUUGUAUGUUCCCUUCGUUCCUCCGUCUGCCGCUUGGCCUACGAACUCAUGCAAGCCGACAAUGCCCUCAACGGAGAUGCCAGUCUUCAGGUACACUCAAUGGACACGCUCUAUUCUAACGAGGGUGACCAGCGGCGUUGGUGGUCCCUGGUCAAUAACUUUGACUCAGCUGGCUUGAAAAUGGGUGAUGCUGUGAUGGUAGACGGUCUCAACGUGGAGGGAUUUCUAAAGGUGCUGCAAGCGGGUGGCAGUGAUGGCGAUAAAUUCCUUCCCUCAUUCAUGCUACAGGAAGAAGUCAUUCGGAUUCCUAACUGA